CCCCAUGUUGGUAUCCCGGAAGCAGCCGCCGAGCUGGAAGGAAACAGGGCCCGACCAUUGCUGACAAAAGCAGGGAGCAGCAUCGCACACAGAACAUAGAAGGAUUAUUCCUCCUCGGGCCUCACUCGGUUCCCUGGCCCCAGACCACGGUUGGCUUCUUCGCCUCCCUCUUCACAGAAGAGAAUGCAUGAAGGAGAAGACAUUUCGGGCUCCCCCCAGUCCCACCUCAUGUGGUACAGCCCGGAUUGCCAUGGCGACGGCUUGUACACCAUCGGGAAGGGGGGAAGAUGGCCACCUUGGCCAGGCUGCAAAGGAGGCUUCCUUCCUUCAAGGAGGAGUUCUUCCAGAGGAACAGACAUGUAAAUGAAUAUCGAAAAAUGGAAUAUUAUGCUGCUGUAAAGAUUCAGAGUUGGUUUCGGGGAUGCAAAGUCCGGGCUUACAUCAGGUAUCUGAAUAAAAUGAUGGUUUUUAUCCAGAAAUGGUGGCGGGGUUAUCAAGGAAGAAAACAGUUCCGAAGAAUGACCGAGAUUCAAAAAACAUGGAGAGGUUAUUACAUCCGAAAAUACAUCCAUAAUUACUAUGCAUUGAAGAAGUACCUGGAAGCAAUUUCUUUAAAUAAUGAGAUAGUCAGGAGAGGACUGGAAGAGUUUGCAGUGAUGAAGGAGAAAGAAGAGGAGAAACAACUGCUUGAAAGGGAAGAGAAGAAAAAGGAUUACCAAGCCCGAAAGAUGCAUUACCUCCUUAGCACUCAGCAGAUUGCAGGUGUUUAUAAUUCGCCAUAUCUGAAAUUCCCUGAUCCAAUGGAAUUACAGUUGAGAAAAGCUAAACCACUGAGUCAUAAGGAACAGCCAAGAGAGGGGGAUGUUGUGGAUUUCUACCAGCUACCUUGUACAGAUCAUUUCACUCAAACAGCUCUACUACUUCCGCCUACUGGAAGGCAGAAACCUCAGGGUCCCUUUCGCGAUACUGUUGAGGUAUUACAGCAGCGUCUCAAGCCUUUUGAGCCAAGCUUGCGGGUGGCAGCAUCUGACGCUUCCCUAGAAGAAGCCAGAGAAAAGUUAAAAGAAGAGGAAUGGAGAAACCGUGUACAUGACGAUGAAUUUUUACCAUUUGCAUCGUGCCAUAAACCAUAUAAGUAUAUCCCAUCAAUGCAAAGAUCAAGUAAGUAUGGUAAAGAAAAUUAUGGACUGAAAUACUUCCGGGCACAACACAAAGAGAAAUGGAUAACAAACAAGGAUUUCAUAACUGCACUACCACCGAUUCAUCUAUUUGGAAAGUUUGGCAAAACCUAUUCCAGAGCUGGAGAAAUAGUGUAAAACAUCUACUAGCCAGCUGCCCAACAUGUUUAAUGCUAGUAAUAAAUAAUCUUUGAAAAUGUGGAAGGGAAAGCAUUGUUUAUUAUUACUAUGAUUUUUAUGAUUUUAUGAUUUUUAUUAACAGCUGAUUUCAGUGUUCCGCAUAGUUUUGUAAUUCUGGGUGAAUGACUGGAGCAAUCAAUGAAUUGGACUGCCUCCUGAAUUGACUUAAACAUAAGUCGUAGCAACUUUUUGUGCUGGGAACUUUAAAAAAUCCAUAGAAAUAAGUCUCUGUCUUUCUUUUCAGUAUUUUAAAGUAUGUGAAAUUUUUAGUCAUUUCUCCAUAAGUUGAAGAUGUAACAUAUUGUGAAAUGAGCUCAACAUCUUGAAGAAUCAAGAAUGUUAACCAGUUUGGUAAAUGGUAACUUCCUUUACUGUUGGAAAAAAAAUAAAUCUAAAUUGUUAUUAAA